GAGGAAGAUGGCGCUCAACCAAGUCAACAGCGCACGAUCGAUCACCGAAAAUCUCGAUCGGCUCUUUCACUAAGAUACACUUUUGCUAGCAGCAGCCGGGCUCGAGGACACGUCGAGGAGCGAGCAAAAGAGCGAUUCCGGGGAUAAUGUGAAAAGAAGUACCUCCUGUUUUUGAAAAUAUAUAUACUCACCAACAUGUAUGUGGAGUUUCCAUGUUAUUUAUGAUACGGUGGGCAUCUUAUUGUUGAGGCAUAAGUAGGGACCGUCCACACCCAAAAAUUCUGAACUGAAGGAUCCUUUUGUAUCAAACCCUGCGAUUGGCUGGCGACCAGUUCAGGGUGUGCCCCGCCUCUCGCCCGAGGUUGGCCGGGAUCGGCUCCAGCGCGUCCGCGACCCUUGUGAGGAUAGAGCGCUACGGAAAAUGGAUGGUCAGUUUCUUAGCGAGUCUUCGUCAGCCUCCAAAAAGCCUCGAAGGGCAAUGGAGUUCCCUUGGCACAGCGGGAAGGUCUUGGAGCAGCUCAACAACCAGCGCAAGCAGGGCUUGUUGUGUGACUGCACGUUUGUUGUGGAUGGAGUGGACUUCAAGGCCCACAAAUCUCUGCUGGCAGCCUGCAGCGCCUACUUCCGCACCCUCUUCCUGGACCAGAAGGACGUGGUGCAUCUGGACAUCAGCAAUGCCGCAGGUUUGGCCCAGGUCCUGGAAUUCAUGUACACAGCCAAGUUGAGUUUGACUCCUGACAACGUGGAGGAGGUGAUGGCUGUCGCCAGUUUCCUGCAAAUGCAAGAGAUUCUAAACGCUUGCGCCAUCUACCAGUCGGGGGAUGAUCCAGCUCCGUGCCUCGGAGUCGUGGCGCUGGAUGUUGCUGAAGGAGGAGAAAAAGCAGGUGACGGACAGCCGAGAGAGGACAGCGACAGUGACCUGGCGGAGGUGGCGUUCCGGGCAGAGCGGGGUCCUUCCACGUGCGCCGCAGAAAACAACGAUAAGCUCACAGAAGAUUACGGCCAAACCACACACGGCUCAGCGCAAACACAGAAGGUGGACGUUUCCGAGCCGAACCCCGCCCAAAGCUGUCCAGUUCUCGCACAACCCACCAAAAGCAGCGUUGCACAAAAGAGAGCGCUUGUGAAGAAGGAGGACGAGGAGGACGAGGAGGAUUGUGACGCUGGACAGGAUGCCGCAUCCACUUUUCAGGAUGAUCCCUCUGAUGUAGACUACACACCACAUGCACCGAUCAAAUCUGUCAACACCCCCAUUUUUACCAGUUCUCGCGGUAGACGAAUUAGGAAACCUCCUCGACGGAACUUCCUUCCUGACAAUGAACCAGAUGAUGAAGGUAUAAAAAGUGAACCUAAGAAGAUCAGGCCAGGCCAGGAGGAUGAAUGCGAGGAGGUUGAUGAAGACGACGCGACCACUGAGGCGCAUUCGGACACCGGUCAGCUCGUGGGAGACGUACGCAACGACACAGAGGAGAAAGCAGUCCACGCCGCUGCGAUCGGCAGCCGAUCCGAGUCGAAGCCUUACAGCUCUGUGACGCACAAAUGCGAGGACUGUGGGAAGAAAUUCACGCACACUGGCAAUUUCAAGAGACACAUGCGCAUUCACACGGGAGAGAAACCCUUCACCUGUCGAGACUGCAACAAGGCUUUCUCUGAUGCGGCGGCUUGUAAAGCUCAUGAGAAAACACACAGUCCCCUGAAGCCAUACUGCUGCUCGAUCUGCGGAAAGAGCUAUCGUCAGAUCAGCCUGCUCAACCUGCACCGCAAGCGGCACACCGGCGAUGCGCGCUACAGCUGCGAGUCGUGCGAGAAGCUCUUCACCACGUCGGGGAACCUGAAGCGCCACCGGCUGGUGCACAGCGGCUUGAAGCCGUACCACUGCGAAUACUGCGACAAGGCUUUCUCGGACCCCACCGCCAAGAUGCGACACUUGGAGACGCACGACGCCAACAAGGGCAACAAGUGUCCGCACUGUGACAAACGCUUCAAUCAGCCUGGAAAUCUGAAGGCCCACUUAAAAAUCCAUAUCGCAGAUGGGCCGCUGAAGUGCAGAGAAUGCGGCAAACAAUUUACCACAUCAGGAAAUCUGAAGCGUCACUCCCGGGUCCACAGUGGAGAGAAACCAUACGUCUGUUCGCACUGCCAAAGAGCGUUCAGUGAUCCGGGAGCUCUGCAGCGGCAUGAACGCAUCCACACAGGAGAGAAACCUUGCGUGUGUCCCACCUGUGGCAAAGCCUUCACCCAGGCCAGCUCCCUCAUUGCGCACGUCCGCCAGCACACCGGAGAGAAACCCUACGUGUGUGAUCGUUGUGGUAAAAGGUUUGUGCAGUCCAGUCAACUGGCCAAUCACAUUCGCCACCACGACAACGUGCGCCCUCACCAGUGUCAAAUGUGUGAGAAGUCAUUUGUCAACGUGGGCGACCUUUCCAAGCACAUCAUCGUUCACACAGGAGAGAAGCCCUUCCUAUGUGACAAAUGCGGCAGAGGUUUUAACCGCGUCGACAAUCUACGCUCUCACAUCAAGACCGUCCACCAGGGCAAUGCUGGCAUGAAGCGGCGGCGGCCCGGUGCCGGCAGCGACUCGGACGUGGAGAACGACAGCUGCGUUGAGGCAUCCACCUCGGACGGCGAGAUCAACAUUGUAACCGUCACCGAAGACAUUGUUACCCUUGCGACGGAAGCCCUGGCGGCCAGCGCUGUGGCUCAGCUAACAGUGUUACCAGUGGAUGCGUCCGUGUGUGCUGAUGCAACCGAAGCUUUGAAAGCGGAAAUUACCAAAGCAGUAGAGAAAGUGCAGGAAGCAGACCCCAACACGGAGAUACUUUACGCCUGUGAUUCAUGCGGUGAUAAAUUCCUGGAUGCUAGUUCGCUAGCUCAGCAUGUACGCAUUCACACAGCCCAGGCCUUGGUCAUGUUUCAAGCAGACUCGGACUUCUACCAGUACACCGCGGUCGCCGGCGCUGAGGGGGACAGCGCCGGAACGUGGCAACCCGUAGCCGAACAGGUGAUCCAGGAAGGCGAGCUCAUAUUCCGUGGCCAAGAUGGAGAAGGAAAUGCGGAAGAGGAGACCAUAGGGGAAGAAGGGCUGAUUAAUGGGAAGAAGGCGGAGGAUGGACAGCUUGAAAUGGUGGCUGAGCUCCAGACGGAUCGAAAAGCUGAAGGAGAGCUAAUUGUGUGCGAGGUUCAGGUGUAGUCAUGCUCAUUUUUAA